UUGCCUUCCCAUCCAGCUUCAGAAUAGGAGGCCAUGAAGAGGGGGGGGAAGGGCUCUACGAGGCAGUCUCAGGACAUGCACUCCGUCCUGUUCAACCAGAAAAGCCUCACCAACGUGGAUUCGGUUGUAGUGCCAGAGACGCCCACCAACCUCACCUGUGCACGUCCCGGCGCUGCUCCGUCCACUUCCAUGAUGUCAGUGAUGGAGACCCCAGAGAAUGAGGUGGGGUGUGGGGCACAGGGCCUGCCUCACACCCGGUUCAAAGCCCAGGCCGGUGGGAAAUCUGAGGUCCCCACAGACAGCAGCAGCGAUAGGGAUGAGAUUGAUGACUCGACCGUGCUGGACAUCACUCCUGACCUCAAGUUGGGCAAGCGGAGGAACCUCAUGUCCAUCUUAGAGUCUGAGGAUUCCUUUGCCCGCUCACUCAAGUCCCAGCGGACCAAGAACAGUUCCAUGCUCUCAGGUGUGCAGGCAACCAGUCAACAGCAGCAGCCUGAGGAGGAUGACUUUAACCUUUUUGCGGUGUCCCCUGUCAAGAAGAGCAGGCGCAGGAAGUCAGCAGCGCAUGUGAUCAUGCCCUUUGACCUGAAUGACUCAGAGUCCCUCACCACAAAGCUGAGGACCAUUGAGGAGGGUCAGCACAGGGCCAGACGUCCUGUAGGGGGGCCAGGAGUGGAGGGUCCAGGCAGCGAGAAGAGGCAGACAGCUGCAAGGGGAGGCAGGGCCACAGGGAGGAGGAAGAGCCUGAUUGUCCCCCUGAGCACAGAUUCCUCCGAGGAUGACGAAGUGAUCCUCAACACUCAGAGGAAAAACUCAAAGCCCAGAGGCAGCCACCCAAAGGAAGGCCCAAAGAAGAACAGAAGUUGCAGCAGAGAAACAGUCCAAAAUAAAGGUGGCACUGAGAGGAGUACCAUCUCUAAAGGCAGUACCAAUAGCGGGAUUAACAACGGCAUCUGGAGUGCCCAGAACAGGAGCAGUGAUGCCACUAAGAUAUUCGACAGUGAGGACCUUGAGCUAACCCCCAUCAAGACCUCAAGCCAGGAGAUUUCCAUCCGGAACAUCAUUGCCGACCUGGAAUCGCAGCCGGCUGCAAUGGAUGAGACGUUACCCCAGGCCCUUCCUGCUGGCUGUGGGGUGGCGGGGAUGAGCUUCCAGAACUUCAGCACACGCUCCUUCAGGCUCCUGCAGGCCCAGCUCCCAGAGGAGGCAGGGGGAGCAGAAGGGGGAGAGAAGACUGCAGGAGGCAAAGGUGGUGCAGGAGGAACGCACACGGACUGGAUGGAGCCAUCAGAAGCAUCGGAGUCUGCAGCGACAGAGCCAGAUGUCACUGUCAUUCUGCGAGGUGUCAUUGCAUAUGUAGAGGUGCGGAUGGGCAGCGACAACAGGUCGCAGGUCAUCAAGGAGCAGCUGAAGGUCCUAGGGGCAGAAGUGAGGGACAGGCUGAGCCCAGACACCACACAUGUAAUUUUCAAGGAUGGAUCCAAGCCUUCAGAAACGAUAGACUAG